AUGAAAAUUCUUAUAAACAUUCCUUAUGAUGACUCGUUGUGUAUUGAGUCAUCUGAUGUAAGUACCAUAAAAAAUGUUAAAGAGCAAAUAUCUGUAUUAAAAGGCAUUCCUUAUGAGGUUCAAAAGUUAUACAAAAAUGGUCGUCCAUUAGGAGAUGAAGAAUUAAUUGAAAUUGACGAGUCCGAAUUUGCAUAUACUUUAAAUUUAAACUUCGGUUUACUUGGUGGUGGUAAAAAAAAGAAGAAGAAGGUUUAUAAGAAACCCAAGAAAGAAAAACAUAAAAAAAAAAAGGUAAAAUUGGCUGUACUUAAGUUUUAUAAAGUUGGAGAUGACGGAAAAGUAUUUAGAUUAAAAAGACAAUGUGAUAAUUGUGCCCCUGGAACAUUAAUGGCUUCUCAUUUUAAUAGAGACUACUGUGGAAGAUGCCAUCAUACAAUUAUAAAAAAAUAA